AUGUCUGGCCAGCCCACCGUCACAGAAAUGCGAUUGCAAGGGGUCAGUUCGUCGGGAAUCUCAGGCCUUCUACAAAACAAAAAGGUUUUCCUGGUUGCCUUAUUCGCAUCCCCUCUAUAUAAUGCUGAACUUGCUCCCCCUGAAAUGCGAGGGCUACUAGUUGCUCUUCAACAACUGUCAACCACCAUAGGAAUUAUGACUGCUUACUGUAUUGGAUAUGGGACCAAUUACAUUGGCGGAACGGGUGAUGGCCAGUCCGACUGGGCCUGGCGUACUCCGUUAAUUGCCCAAGUAAUCCCUGCCAUUGUCCUUGUCCUGGGUGCUGCUUUCUUCCUCCCAUCGCACAUGCUGAUCAACAAGGGGCGCGAGGAAGAGGCAUUGAAAACACUUGCUUCUUUACGCAAUCUUCCUGAAGAUAGCAUCAUUCUUCGUUAUGAAUUCUUGGAAAUCAAGUCGAAAGUGCUGUUCCAACAGAGAUCGUUUGCAAGAAGAUUUCCUCAUCUUGCAGAGUCUGGCCACAGCGUUUGGCGCCGCGAGUUUGUACAAUAUACCAAUAUUUUUCGAACCAAAGCAAACUUCAAACGUGUGGCAAUCGCUGGGCUUAUCGUGUUCUUCCAACAGUGGAGUGGGGUAGAUGCUAUUAUCUACUACGCCUCGUCGAUCUUCCAAAGCCUUGGCUUAACUUCAGGCACUACUUCCCUUCUUGCCACUGGCGUCGUCGGGAUAAUUAACGUGCUGGCAACCAUACCUGCUAUUCUGAUCAUAGACAAGGUUGGAAGAAAACCCCUACUAAUAGCUGGGUAUAUUGCUAUGUUCUGCUCCAUGAUCAUUGUUACUGUCAUUGUCGCCAAGUUUCAACAUGACUGGGAGCACCAUGCCACUGCCGGAUGGGCAGCUGUCGCCUUUAUAUGGAUCUAUAUUGCCAACUUUGGAUAUUCGUGGGGUCCUGCAAGAUGGGUGUUGAUUUCAGCCAUUUUCAUCUGGUUCUAUGUUCCCGAGACCAAGAACAAAGCACUUGAAGAGAUGGACGUGGUAUUCGGCAGUGUCACGGCUUCCGAAGAUCGGGAUAUCUUGGCUGAAGUGAGAGAGGAAUUGGGCCUGUCACUUCUCCUAGAUGGGGGUGGGUCGAAGAGUAUUUCCGAAGACAAUCAGAAAGAGGGUAUCUCGGCUGGGCAUUUGGAAUCAGCUUAA